AUGCUUGGGUUUAAUGCCGCGGCAAGCUGUGGAUUCUGGACGGCAAAUACAAACGGGAAGAGUGGUGAUGGCGCGUACGUCUCGUUGCGCGGGAAAACGAGGUCGAAUUCCACUGUGGAUGGAAAUGAAGCUGCCACGGGUCUGUAUGAGAGGGUGCAAGCCCAGAGAUACCAACCCAGGCGGGAAAGCCUGUGGAUUGAUAGAAGCAUGUUGAUUGAGCUGACGUUAGAAGGGCAUGCCAAACCUCAAACUGCAGGUCGAACAGGUUUGAAGCCAGCACUUAUGACUUUCGUAGGGUCUGUUUAA